UGCGACAAACAACAACGUCGCGAGCAGCCGUCAUCGGUAGUCGUCGCUUCGCAGCAUCGAACACGUCAAGUAGCGCGUACGCGCGAGGAGGUUCGCGAGCCAACCCGUGCACCGUCGAGUGUGUCAUCGCGUAGGGUGCAUUAUCCGUCCGUCUGUCCGUCGUUAAUCCGUCGAUCGCUGGGACGAUGUAUCGCGCGCAUCACGUCCGCGACGGAGCGAUCGACGCGCGUUGUUGGGCGUAGCCGGCGGCAGCGAGAAACGGCGAGGAGCGUGCGUGUGUGACACCGACCAAAGGAAGGUCUGCUCGACGUCGGAGCUGCCAUUGCCGUGCGAGCUGGUGCGAUCCCGUCCUCGUGUCCGGGUGCUUUUGGUGUUCUCGGUGCGCUCGCACCCACGGUCGUCCCGUCGUACCACGUCGCGCAGGAGAAAGAGACAGACGGUUCUUCGCCUCUUCCGUUCGUCCUUCUCUCUCUCUUUCUUUCUCUCUCUCUCUCUCUCGUUCACCGUCCCGGCCGCUUUCCAGCCCGGCCGCGGUAGUAUCACUGCGCGUCGUCGCCGUGAAAUUCAACGCACCUGGAAGGCAGAGGAUCGAACGAGGCGGGCCAGGCAUGCCGUCGGUAGCGUCGUAGCUCCACGAGUGAGAGUCCACGGAUUCGAGCGUGAGGUGAAGUCCCAGCAUGGCCAGCAGAUGACUGUUAGCCGAGCCGGUGCUCGUACGCGACUCUAAUAUGAGCGAAGUGGUGGCAGUGACGCCGACUGGUGGACCCACGCGCCAGGAAAGCGUGACACACAUCAAGCGGCACAAACUGGCCAACUGUAAUGUUCCUCUCGUGCACGGCCGGCCGAAUCCGUCGAUCAGUCCACGCAGCAGACUGAGCACGCAUCAACGAAACCACAGUUUGGACUUCAGAUCAAUGGGUAUCCUACUACCACCGGUGCCUCAGGCGACCGCGACGACGUUGACGCAUCAUCAUAGGAACCGAAGUCUGGAUUCGGCUCUCCAACGGAUUCCAGAAGUCGACGUGACGCCGAGUCCGGAGUGUGAGAAUCCCGUUCCUUCAUCGGUCCCUAAAACGGCGACGGUAUCGCCGUCAUCAUCGUCGUCGUCGUCGUCGUCAUCAUCGUCAUCAUCGUCGUCGGGGCCAUGCGAAAAGGGGACGCGCACCGCGCGAGAACGCGAGGAUCUGGCCAGUCUUGGUUCCGACGACUCUGGCAUAUUGUGCGGCUCCGAUAGCGGCUCGAGCGACGCCACCAAUGCGCCCGCCACUCGAGAGUCCAGCGUGGAUCAUCUGCACAGCCGCGAAAGCCUCGACUCGUCCGUUUCGCAGCCAGGCGACGUGUGCUUGGUCGAUGUAGUGGACGGUGUGGAGAACGGUGCCGGUGUGGUGUCGGUGUCAAUGUCGGUGCCGGUGUCGCCCGUGGAACUGUCGACGCGUCUCAGUGACAAUGCAGCGUCUCCCGUGUCCCUCAAGGACGAGACCAACAGUGAUCGUCCGCGGCGCAGCGACGCGAACGAUGACGAACGUUGCUUACAGGAGCCACGAAUUAAUGUGAGCGCGCGAGAGCGCGCGGACAGUCCGCAUCCCGAUUAUCAGCAUCAGGAACGCGCCGAAAUCUAUCAAGGCGCUAUGCAAGUGGUGGCGUUGCCGGUAUCCAUGGCCGAUACGAGCCAGAGCGAGUUGACCGGCGCGGCCAUGACCCUCUGCUGCGGCACGACUGCGACGCAGCAGCAAGAAGCCGAGACGGUGAAGAAGCAACCGGACAUCAUCCGCCGGCAGCAGGAGACGAAGCAGCCGAAACCGUCGGAAGGCUGUCUUCUGCGGCUCUUCGAGAGUCAGAUAUUCGACAUGUCCAUGGCUAUUUCCUAUUUAUUCAAUUCCAAAGAACCCGGCGUCCAGAGUUACCUAGGUAACAAGAUGUUCAGUUUUCCGGAUAACGAUGUGGACUUUUAUUUACCACAAUUAGUUGUGAUGUACAUACAGCUUCAUGAUGUAACAGAGGUCCUUUAUCCAUAUCUUGUCUAUAGGUGUAGACAGUCGGCAGAUUUCUCGUUAAAAUGUGCCUGGCUGCUAGACGCGUACAGCUCCGAUGCUCAUUUGCCGUCAAAGAAGAAGUCUCAUGGGACCAAAUUAAAAAAUCUUAUCCUGUCAGAUGAACUCAGGCCAAAGGGAAAUGAGGGUCGAAAGCAGCGUGUCGCUGGGUUGCAAGUUCCUGCGCCAUCACCAUUGCCCUCGACGCAAAAUCUUACGUCACCGAACAAGAAAACCCACCAAAGAUCUCAGUCCGACGCCACUGGAUUGUUCCAGACUAUACGCCGUAGUCAUUCCGGUAUAAUAAAUAAAGUAAGUCUUGGGGACCUGAGCUCUGGUCGAGCGUUUGACAACGGCUGUACCUGCUUUUAUUCCUGCCAAGGUGUGGUGAACGAUCUGCGAGGCCAAAAAACCGACUGUUUCUGCAAUGCACCUCGGCUCGCGCCAGAACUCGAAUUUAUUCAAGCGUUAAUAUCAAUUGGUAAAUUGCUCGGAACUAUCCCAACAAAGGAAAGUAAAACCGUUCAAUUAGUGGCGGAGCUCAAUACGCUUAAUUUGAAUCUCCCCGCGAGGGUGUGGCUUCCUUUGCACAGCACGAUACCGCAUCAUAUCGUGCGAGUUCCGCCACAAUACGCCGCCGUUCUCAACAGCAAGGACAAGGCGCCCUAUAUAAUAUAUGUGGAGGUAUUAGAAGUGGAGGAUUUAUACACGUCACCCGUGCCGACGAAAAUUAUGGGUAGUUCGUUGAGGCACACCAAGUCUGAGGAGAAUUUAACCGGCGGCGAGCAGUCCAACAUAUCCACUUCCGAUAGUCAGCAAAACUCGGCGGUACGGCAGACUCCGGUGAAAAAUAUCUCGCCUUACGCCGUUAGAAAUACAGACGUGGCAUUUAGUUUUCCCGACGACGAUCCUAAUGAUUGUUGGAGUCAGGAGGAUGACGAGAUUACACAACAGUAUUUACAGCUUCGCAAGCCGAAAGAUCGGGAUACCAUAUCGCAAUCGAGCCAAGAAUCGUCCGACAGCAGAGAGCCGAUCUUCGUGCCGGGCGACAUCAAGAGAAGAUUGAGUGAAAUGGCAGCUACGCCGAGCGCGACUUUCAACCACGAUCCCGAGGACCCGUCAGCGGCGGUUCUCAAGGAACCAUGGGAGCAGAAGCAACGACGUAUAAGAGCUUCCAGCCCGUACGGGCAUUUGGCAUCUUGGAGAUUACUCGCGGUAAUUGUGAAAUGCGGCGAUGACCUCCGGCAAGAACUUCUCGCCUCGCAGCUGCUCUCGAUGUUGCAAAAGAUUUGGCAAGAGGAACAAUUGCCUCUCUGGGUACGACCGUACAAAAUAUUAUGCCUCUCCAACGACAGCGGCCUGAUCGAACCGAUCCUGAACACAGUCUCACUCCAUCAAGUGAAAAAGCAGUGCCAAUUAACACUUUUUCAAUAUUUCGAACGAGAGUUCGGCCCUUCUACCUCAGAGGCGUUUCUCGUGGCGCAGAGAAAUUUCAUUCAGAGCUGCGCCGCAUAUUGCCUGGUCAGUUAUCUCAUUCAAGUAAAAGAUCGUCACAACGGCAACAUCCUGCUGCACAGCGACGGCCACUUGAUCCACAUAGACUUCGGAUUCAUUCUGUCGACCUCGCCGCGAAAUCUCGGCUUCGAGACUAGCCCGUUCAAGCUGACACCGGAGUUCGUCGAGGUGAUGGGCGGUAAUCAAUCCAAACUCUUCGAAGAAUUUAAGAGCCUCAUUCUUCAAGGCUUAAUCGCGGCACGGAAGCACAUGGAGAAGAUAGUUAACCUCGUCGAGAUUAUGUUGUCGGGCUCUCAGCUUCCGUGCUUCCGCAGUGGUGGGGCGGCGACUGUUCAAGGUCUCAAGAAUAGAUUCCACCUCACGUUAACGGAGGAUCAAUUGCGUCGUCAUGUCGAGGAUUUGGUCGAAGGCAGCAUUCACUCGUGGUCCACUAAACUCUAUGAUCGAUAUCAAUACUUCGCAAACGGCACUCUUUAAUAUCAAGGUUAACAACCUUCUCUGUCUACCGCGCUUCUGAUAAGACUGUCGUAAGGUCGAAAGAAAGAAUAUUAAUCCGGUAAAGAGAGAAAAAUAUGUUGUGGUAUUUCUUCCACAAUUUUUACAUACACUUAAUAGCGGGGCUGACCAAUCGGCGGCGCGCAUGUUAAUUGGCAAGCGUACGUGCAAGUCAGUCUGUCGCGUCGAAAAACCUAUUCCACGAGUUGCAGUAAUAAUGCAGCAACACGAAGAAAAAAAAACUUGAAUUAAUUAUAUGUCGCUAUUUAUUUUAAUUCGCGUUGCAAUUAUUUCCACAGUUGUUCGGUAAACAGAUUUAUUUAUAGUGUGAUAUAUUUCAAGAGACAGCUUCUAUCGGUUUCAGUGUGUAAAUAAAGAAUUAAUUUUUGCGAUCGCGCAAUGACGAAGGGAAACGGAAAGUUCUUUGUGGACAGGUGAGCUGAUUUCGGUUGGGCAGCACUGUUUUCUAGCAUUCCACAAGCACAAAUGACGUUUAGAAUGGAAAAGUCACUUUCCUCUUGGAUAUAGUAGAUAGCCUCGCGAUUUAGGCUAAACGUAUAGAACGCAGAUAGAGAUAACUACUCUUUGAGUUUAACGUUAUUCCUUGCUUUCGUGACGGGCAAGAACGAUACGAAAUAUUUUUAGCGAAUAUCAGAGCGGUCUCGGCAUUUGAUAGAUUAAAGAACUUCGCUUAGUAUGAAUAUCUGAAGUGAGAGAGUGUGAAUUGACUGGAGAGUGAUGAGCGCUUCGUUGAAAGUUAAAAAUAUUUAUCGUCGUUUUGAAGAAUUGAGAAAUGAAAGGAGGAAUAAUCUAUGAGAAUUUUGGUACCCAGUUGAUUACAUAUAUCCACUAUAUAUAACGUUUUUUGUUCGAUACAUUAAGACUGCUGUUGUUUACGUAUGCCUCAAUUUGACAAAUUACGAAUUAGCUAUCGCCGCAGUGCAGACGUUGCGUCGUUGACUGAGCGCGUUGGACUGCUAAAAUCAAGUGUAGCUUACAUAAACAAGCGUAAUUUGUUAAAGGUGCCUUAUUUGUGUAGAAGAACAGUGGGGACGAUUAAAUUUAAACACAGUGAAGUGCUGAUGCGGCAAUCUUAGCGUGAAGCUGAUCGAUCGUGAAGCGGACAAUCCGUAAUUUGUACAUACAUUAUAAAGAAAAAAAAAA